AUGAAUCUCUCGCAGCUGCUUGCAUGUGCCUGUAUAGCCCUCUUUGCCGUGGCCGCGGACUGGCCGGGCCCGAAGCAAACGGAAAUGGAAAAUGGCGUGGAGGUCUGGAAGGCAAAGGCCCGAGAAGAUAGGAAUAGAGUGUACACGUACAAAGUCAAUGACCUGAACGCGAGAGGCGCACGUCCAAAACUCGUGUACAACUGCCACAAAGUUCCAGCACUCUGCGCCAAUGCUCGAACCAGGUUGAACGGCGAAACAAAGACAACGAGACACUAUGAUGCGGAUAUCUCGAAUGGACGCCAUGACGCUCGCCGAGACCAGGCCUGUCCAAACAGGUGGAUUGAAAGCCACCAAUGCCCUGAGCCCAACCAGCCAGAGGACUUUUGGUACUACAUCACCAAACUUAAGAAGUUUGGUCAAAGGAAAAUCGAGAUGAUGCAGGAUAAACAACCAGACGGUACAGAAACACAGGACCCGGUCCAGUUCGGCCAAGCCAAGAUAACGUACGAUCCGGACGGAACCAUCAAAAAGACCUGGAGCAUGAUUGGUGCCAGGUUUACUUGUGACGAAUGGCCUGCUGCAUCCUGGAUUGAAGGGGGCCAAGGAGCGAAUACUUACUGCUCGCCAACUCGCUUGUGUGGUAAAAAAAAAGUGCGGCCUUUGAACACAGAGCAAGACUGGCAGGGUCAGGCUCAUGGGACGAUUAAGGAAUGGUACGAUUCAUUCUAUCACCAAUGGGCUAGGAAUAUACAAGAUGACCACGACGUCAACUACGAAAUUUUCAAAUUCGACUUUGAGAUAGUCAAUGAUCCUGGAAGUAAAUUUGGCACCUGGCUUGAGGCGCUGGGGCGCAAAAGAUACUGCUAUCCCAAGGGGAAUAUUGACAAUGACUGCCAAAAGGAAUGGGAUGAGGAUCCUGAUGACCUCUUUAGACGAAGAUGACGAAGAUGACGAAGAUGACGACGAAGAACUUUGACAAUGAGGCGGCCUCUACGCUGUCGUGAACCCGUCUUUUGGUCUCUGUCUCUUUGCAUGUCCGUGUUGUAUACAGAGACCUAAGUUGAAGGAAGCUUUAUGAGUCAUCUGACAAAGUCUCAAAUUGAACAAUAGGACAUACCUACUACAGGAAAGAAUGAGCUUCUAAUCAUUUUAAGCUCUGGCUGAAAUUUCAUUGUGU